AUGUUCAGGCGUCCGAGACUGACAGAGGCCGAUGGACGGUCUUUGAGACUAAGCAAAAUUCUUCAGCCUACCGAUAUGAUCCCUUGGUCAAGUCUCGCAAUGUGGUACCUAGGGGUACCCAUUGGUCUUGGCGUGAGUGUCCCCAAUCGCGCCCCCACUCCCGAAGUUCUGGACGACCUGCCAAAUCCACAGCAGGUGUUGGAGGAAAUAAACGCUGGAUACAGGCGCUUGGAUCCCUCUUGCACCGUCUUCGAUUAUCCACUUGGUGAUCCAGGCGAAGAGGGCACGCAGUUGUUCCUCAUUCCGGACUCCUUCGCGCGGAUUUUCGAAGAGGAUAUGUCAGACCCUUCGACCAGAACUGUGGAUGCGACGUCAACAACGCGAUUCCAUAGUUACGGCAAUCUGCAUUAUCCACUUGAGCCGACACUCGUGGAAAGCUUCGUCAAGGCUACAAUCGAUGAAGAGACCGACCCUGGCUUUCCGGGCUAUUCAACCUGGGAGGCAUCGCUACAGGCAUGGAUAUCUAUGAUGGGAGGAUAUUUAGAAGUGAACAACGAUAUCCUCGAUAUGUGCACAGAUGAAAAAGCGGUGCAGUGGUAUAGUGAGAGGUUUGGUCGAAUUCGUGAGGCCAAAUUUGGUCCCCGCGAUCUACGCAUUACAAAACGUCUCGGCUCAGGUAAAGAGAUGCCAAUAGACAUGAGGGGUAAUCCUCUUUGA